AUGAAGCUGAAGCUACCUAACCCCGGUUUGGACGAGCGGAUACCGACUCAUGCCCAGUUGGAGAAGCUGGAGGUGGAGGAGGUGGACAGCAGACCCAAGUGGGACAACAAAACCCAGUACAUGCUCACCUGCGUGGGGUUCUGCAUCGGACUGGGCAACGUCUGGCGCUUCCCCUACCUGUGCCAGAGCCAUGGAGGAGGUGCAUUCAUCAUACCAUUCCUGAUCCUGCUGGUUCUGGAGGGAACCCCCCUGUUGUUCCUGGAGUUUGCCAUCGGUCAGAGGCUCAGGAGCGGGAGCGUGGGAGUAUGGAGGUCCAUCAGCCCCUACCUCACGGGAGUUGGCAUCGCAUCUAUGAUGGUGUCCUUCCUGGUGUCCCUCUACUACAACACCAUUCUGUCCUGGGUGAUAUGGUACUUCUUCAACUCCUUCCAAGACCCUCUUCCUUGGAGCCAAUGCCCUUUAAAUGACAAUAGAACCGGUCUGGUGUCAGAGUGUGCUCGAAGCUCCUCAGUGGACUACUUCUGGUACCGGGAGACCCUCAACACCACCACUGCUAUUGAUGAGUCUGGUGGACUGCAGUGGUGGCUGGUCCUGGUCUCUCUUUGUGCGUGGACAGUGCUUUAUGUCUGCUGUAUCAGAGGGAUUGAGUCUACUGGCAAGGCUGUCUAUGUGACUUCGACUCUGCCAUAUGUGGUUCUUGCCAUCUUCCUGAUCCGUGGGUUGACCCUAAAAGGAUCUACGAGUGGCAUAAAAUUCCUCUUCACCCCAGAUGUUAAUGAAUUGAUUAAUCCACAAACAUGGCUGGAUGCUGGGGCACAAGUUUUCUAUUCCUUCGGCCUUGCCUGGGGCGGGCUAAUCUCUUUCUCCAGCUACAACUCUGUGCACAACAACUGUGAGUUAGAUGCCAUCAUCAUCUCCAUAAUAACGUGUUGCACCUCCCUGUAUGCCGCUAUAGUCAUCUAUUCCAUAAUCGGGUUCAGAGCCACUGAGAAGUUUGACGACUGCCUCAGCGGGAAUAUCUUGGCACUGCUGAACACUUUUGACCUUGCUGAGGGAAGCAUCAACGAGACCAACUAUGACGCGGAGCUCCAAAGGCUUAACGGGACUUCACCGGAUACCAUUCAGGGCUUACAGCUGAAAGCCUGUGACCUACAGACAUUCCUCAGUGAGGGUGUGGAGGGCACGGGCCUUGCCUUCAUAGUGUUCACAGAGGCCAUCACCAAGAUGCCCGUCUCCCCACUGUGGGCUGUGCUCUUCUUCAUCAUGCUCUUCUGUCUGGGGCUGUCCAGCUUAUUUGGCAACAUCGAGGGGGUCGUCGUUCCACUACAGGACCUCAACGUCCUGCCCAAGAAAUGGCCCAAAGAGGUUUACACAGGUCUAACAUGCCUUGUUUCCUUCAUCAUUGCUUUGCUCUUUUCUCAACGUUCGGGUAACUACUGGGUCUCACUGUUUGAUACCUUCGCUGGCUCAAUCCCUCUGCUCACCAUAGCCUUCUUUGAAAUGAUUGCCGUGGCAUACAUUUAUGGAAUAGAUAGGUUUAAUGAUGACAUUGAGUUCAUGAUUGGUCAUAGGCCCAACAUCUUCUGGAGGGCAUCGUGGAUGGUCAUAAGUCCUUUGAUAGUGUUUGCCAUAUUUGUUGCUUACUUUGUCUCCAAAGUCACAGAGGAGCUUACCUACACAACAUGGGACCCAGACUCGGAAAGCUUUCCGAAGUUGUUGGCACGCACAUAUCCAGGGUGGAUCUACGUCAUCAUCUUUAUCCUGGCUGGUGUGCCGAGCUUGGCUGUCCCAUUUGUGGCGCUUUAUAAAUAUAUUCAGAAUUGCUGUUGUAGAGACCACUGAUGUUACUUUCCUAAAUUAGGAGGAGAUUACAGAUUAAAAUUGUAGAUUAAUUCCAAUGCAUAUAAAACAGGUGAAUUUUCCAUUGGUGCUUUAUAUUUAUGCUGUCAUGUAAAUAUGAUGUCAGAAUGCACUUUGAUGAUGUUGUUUCUGCUAAACAUUAUAUGUAAAAAUACAGUCUUGACAUAAAAUAUAAUAUAAAUUCAAUUUACGGUAUAUAUUUACCUACAUAAGAGGACUGUAUUAUUUGCUAUAUGAUAAGCUAAUAUUUGUACACACAGGAUCAUACUGUAGUUCUGAACAUGAAGAAUAUAUCCAUGCUUAACACUAAAUAUAUGCAGUAUUAACUCACUUGCGGUUGAAAAUGACUACAAUAGUAGUUUGUUUGCUGAUACAAUUUCAAUGUUUGAAAAGAUUGUUUUUCUAUAGCCUAUUUGAAUACAAAUCAUGUUAAAAAUAAAUAAGUAACUCCCAUAUCA